AAUAAUUUUAACUUAAUCAAGAGCAGUAUACAUAGGGAUUAAGAAAAAGGGUAAGCAAAUAAAUUUGAAACUGACAGACAUGCAGAUGUAUGCACACAUGGGCAAGACAGAUUCCAAUCAUGUAGUAACAGUCCAACUCAAAAUGGCAAGGAUUGCAAGGAAUAUCACUAUCACAUGUGUGCACAAUCUUAAAAAGUCUUUCAGAAAUGCAACCUUAGCAAUUAUUCUGAAGUCCCUACAUCAAAAUACCUUGGAAAAACAGAUAAACCCAUAAUCAUUUUGGAAUAGAUUCAAGAGGCAUUUUGCCGAAAGAUUAAAGUAAUUAGCAACCAGUCUUUAGUUUGCGAACUACAGCCCACCACCAUUCCUUUGGUCAUUAAAUCCAACAGCAUUUUAACGUUAACAUUGUUGGAAGUAAAUAUUGCUGGGCUUCUUGUAUAAAUACCAGGCCACCUCCCAUAUGUCUCACCAGCCAUACCAUCUAUACAGCUCCUAGCAGCAAGCAAAUCAACGAAAGAUGGAGAGCAGGCCUGAGUCUUCUGAAACCCAAAGCAGGAACAAAUGCGCAGCAUGCUUCAAGCAGUACAACAGGAUGGAACACCUUGUUGAGCACAUGAGGAUUUCGUUUCACUCAGCUCACGAGCCAAAUUGCGGGAUCUGCCAAAAGCAUUGCAGAUCAUUUGAAUCACUCAGGGAGCAUCUCAUAGGACCACUGCCAAAGAUUGAAUGUGCAAAGAUUUUCAGCAUCAGAGGGUGCAACCUAUGCUUGAACCUUUUUGAUAGCUCAAAUGCUCUCAGAAUUCACCGAGGAUCAUGCCAGCUGUCACGCAUCGCUCCUGGUCUCAUCCACCGAAUGGGAAGGUUGAACUUACAAGCUUCAACAGAAAUUGACACAAAAGCAAGAGACCCACAAGUGGUUGCUUUGGCGUGCAAGAUGGUUGGAGGUGGGAGUGAUGGAUCUUUAGAUAUCUGUGCAAGGGUUUGCCUGAUUGAUGAAGAUGAAAACAUCAUCUUUCACUCUUAUGUCAAGCCCCAAAUCCCAGUCACAAACUAUAGGUUUGAGACAACGGGCAUUUGAGCUGAGCAUCUGAGAGAUGCACCACCACUGAAGCAAGUGCAGAGGAAGAUUCAGGACUUUUUAUGCAAUGGAGAAGCAAUAUGGAAGAUACGGUCAAGGGGCGGGAAGGCAAGGAUUCUUGUUGGACAUGGCCUUGAUCAUGACCUCAACUGCCUAGGCAUUGAAUACCCUGCCCUUCUAAUCAGGGACACGGCCAACUAUCCACCACUGAUGAAAACGAGCAAGCUUAGCAACUCACUCAAAUACCUUACCCAAGCAUACCUCGGAUAUGAUAUUCAGACUGGUAUGCAAGAUCCAUACGAGGACUGUGUGGCUGCACUUAGGCUUUAUAAUCGAAUGCGUUCUCAGGUGCAUCCACCUGACUACUCUUCAGGGUCAGGGGAAGCACAGAGCCGCAAUAACUUUGCAUCUUGGAAACAGAGGGACCUUGAGAAGAUGACACCAGAGGCACUGCUAGAGAUCUCAGCUUCUGACAACUACUGUUGGUGCUUGGACUCUUUAAGCAAAUAAUGGAAUACGAUCAUCUCCUUCACCAAAUAUCAUCAGAUGUUAAAACUCACCACAGUUCUAGUGUCUUAAUAAAUAAAAGGUCAAUAACAUAUCUUUAGUUUAAGAUGUGUACUGGCUUCAUCUAGGGUUUAUUACAGUCUAAUUUAAUGUAUCUCCCUGAGUCACUUCUGUCUAUAUCCUGGCUGUGAACAAUCUAUUGAUAUAUGUAAACUUCGAUCAUGCUUUAAAACUAUAAUAAUUCAU